CGUUGCGUGACUCUACAGCAAUGGAAAUUUCCCCUUUUACUGAAUUCUAGUCUUUACAGUACAGAAGAGACUCAAUUCUACGAUAACCGCCUCAUCAGUUUUCUCUCUCUCUCCCAUCGUCACUUGCUUUGUCCAAAUCCCCAACUUCCCCUCCUCCUCACAACACUUUGCCCCUUCAAAAACUAACCCCCCAAUGGAAACUAUUCAAUUCUCUUCAACUUCAACUUCUUUGUUUAUUUCAACUUCUUUCUUUUUCUCUCGGGUCUCUCAACAACAAUGGAGAUGGAGGAAGGUUUUAAGGGGUUACUCAGGUUAAUUGGUUCUGUUAAGAAUUACGAUUGGGGCCGUACGGCGAAGGAGUCUUGUGUUGGACGUCUGUAUAGGCUCAAUUCUCGGACGAAAAUUGAUGAAAAACAGCCAUAUGCCGAGUUUUGGAUGGGAACUCAUGACUCUGGACCAUCCUACAUUGUGGUGGAACGAGGAGGAAGAAUUCAGAAUGGACAUGCUAAUGGCGGAGGAAUUAGAGACAAGUGUUCUUUGAAAGAUUGGAUUCAGAAGAACCCUAGUGUACUUGGAGAAACUGUUCUUGCCAAAUGGGGUACCCAGCUUCCUUUUCUCUUCAAGGUACUCUCAAUUGAGAAAGCUUUGUCUAUACAAGCUCAUCCAGACAAGGAUCUGGCAAUUCUUUUGCAUAAGGAGCAGCCACUCGUUUACAAGGAUGAUAACCACAAACCUGAGAUGGCUUUGGCAUUGACCAAGUUCGAGGCCUUGUGUGGCUUCAUAAGUCUUGAGGAGCUUAAAGUGAUUGUUCAGACUGUGCCCGAGAUUGUUGAAGUAGUUGGUAAUGCGCUUGCAGAGCUAGUAUUGGACUUGAGCGAGGAUGAUGAAGAGGAGAAAGGUAAAUUAGUGCUCAGAAAAUUAUUCACGGAGAUUAUGUCAGCUAGCAAGGAUGUGAUCACGGAAGUACUUGCUAAGCUGAUUAGUCGUCUGAACAUUAAAAACAAGGUAAGGGUGCUGACCGACAAGGAACAACUGGUCCUAGGACUUGAGAAGCAGUAUCCAUCUGAUGUUGGUGUUUUAGCAGCAUUCUUGUUUAAUUACGUGAAGCUCAAUCCUGGUGAAGCUUUAUAUUUAGGGGCAAAUGAACCCCAUGCAUAUGUAUAUGGAGAAUGUGUCGAAUGUAUGGCAACCUCAGAUAAUGUGGUACGCGCUGGCCUAACUCCCAAGCACCGGGAUGUUAGAACUCUCUGUUCAAUGCUCACGUAUAGACAGGGUAACCCUGAAAUUCUGCACGGUACGGCAAUAAAUCCAUACACAGUGAGAUACCUCCCUCCUUUUGAUGAAUUCGAGGUGGAUCAUUGCAUUCUCCCCCCAUAUUCAACUGUUACCUUCCCUUCUGCUCCUGGUCCGUCCAUGUUUUUGGUCAUGGGAGGAGAGGGAACAAUGACCACAUCAGCAGAAGUGAUUGUGGUUGAAGGUGAUGUCCUAUUUGCACCUGCAAACACCAAUAUUACCAUUGCAACCUCCUCUGGUUUGCACUUGUAUAGAGCAGGUGUAAACAGCAGAUUUUUUGAGGAAUGAUAGUUGUAGGCUUGUAGCCCCUUAUGCUUGCUAAUAAAACAGUGAAUUUUUCUGUUACACUGGCUGUUCCACCUUGUAUUAAUAGCAUGUUCAGGUAUAUAACCGCUUAAGUUAAGUGUAGUUUGGAAGUUAAAAACAUCACUGGAAAGGUGGAAAUUUUGCUGUACUAUUUCUUCUAUUGUCUAAUAUCAACAUUAAGAAAAGGUGCUUUUAGAAAACAGAGAUGUUAAGGAUUAGAAAAGUACAAAUGCAGGAAAAAGAGUUGUACUCUAGUGUGUAAAGUGGGACUAGGUAGGGGCAAGAUUUGCUCUCCAGAUCUCACUAUACCGGAUCAUACUGAUAUGUUAUUGAGUAAAUUAGAGUAGGUGGUGUGCUGUGACUUGUUCGUAUCCAAAUUCCACUGUAUUCAUUUUAACCUUAAAUUUUUGUUAAUCCUUGCAGA